AUGGCAGCUGUUCCUCCUCCGUAUGUGGCUGGGGACUCGCCGCCCUCGUAUGACGAGGUCGCCAGCAAGGUCAAUCAGCUGGUCGGCAGUAGCCCUACCCCUCAAAAGUAUCUGGACGUUGCGGCGUCGCUUUCCGAUGCGGAGCGAAAAGUCUUGAAAGACGGGGCCGAGGCCCACAAUCCAAUCCAGACUGACGAGGAUAAGGAAAAGUUGUCGCUGGGUGCGGCGAAGACAAUGUCCACGGAUGAGACAGUGGCCAAGUUGAAAGAGGAUGCAGCCGCUGCCGGCGCGGCAGUCGUGGCGAUUGAUGGCUCGUUUACUGCAUUACAAGUGCAGAUUGCGAGCAUUGAUCAGCUGGAAAAGACGAACUUCUUGACCCAGUUAAAUGAACAAAAAAAGAAAUACCGCGACGUCCUUCAGAAGAGCCGCCUUUUAGCAGCAGAUAUCAGUCAAUAUGGGUCUAGCUUCGAUGAGCUAAUUGUUCCGCUGUGUGCCGACCAAUCCUUAACUGUGGAUCAGCGGCUAGGACAAAUCGACAAAUUUAUCGCCAGGGCAAACGACUUCCAGGAGCAGGGGAACGAGAUCAAUAAAAGUUUCGACACGCUAAUUGACGGUUUCGUUGAGUUUACAGCCCAGUUCUCUAGCUGGGGCAAGAAUAAGGAGCAGGAAUUGAACAAUGAUAUUAAGGAAAUAGACAAGCAGCUAGCGGAGCUGACACAAAAGUUGGCCGAUUUGAGGACAUCUCUAAUCGCACUCGGUGUCGGUCUGGGAGUCGGGCUAUCUGCAGCUGGUAUUGGUCUUGCCCUGUCGGGACCUGUUGCCCCAUUUAUCCUGAUCGGCGGCCUGAUUUUUGCCGGAGCAACAGCGGCUGCGGUGGCCGGCAUCGCCAUUGCUAUGGGCGUCGUAUCGAAUCAAAUUGAAGGGAAAAAACGGGAGAGACAGGAUAAGUCGGACGAGAUCGACAAGAUUCGCCUAGCCCGACGUAAUCUGGAGGAUAUGGGCAACUCGCAGCUGACGGUGUUCCGGGAUAAUGUGAAGGUCCUCCAGAGCUACUGGACUUCAAUGCAGGCGGAUGCAGAGGCGAUCAAAGGCUGGCUGAAGAGUGGGGCCGAUAUGGCAAGUGUGCCCAAGUAUAUGAAGAUUGCGCUCGAUGAAGCGGUGACCGUCUAUGCAUCCAUGGCUCAGUAUAUGGAUGAAUAUGCGAAGGGCACCAACCUAUAG